UCGACUUUCUCUCUUUUCAGCAGAAAAGAAAAAGAAGAAAGCAGAGAGAGAGAGAGAGAGAGAGAGAGAGAGAGAGAGCUCCAUUUCCGUCCCGAUCUCUCUCGCACUCCGGCAGAAGAACGAGAAAGGGAAUAACUUCCGGCGAUUGAGGAGGUAGCAGAAGAUGGCAGAAGAGGAUAUUCAACCACUUGUUUGUGACAAUGGAACUGGAAUGGUCAAGGCUGGAUUUGCUGGGGAUGAUGCUCCACGAGCUGUAUUCCCUAGCAUUGUUGGCCGUCCUCGUCACACUGGUGUGAUGGUUGGUAUGGGUCAAAAAGAUGCAUAUGUCGGAGAUGAAGCUCAAUCAAAGCGAGGUAUCUUAACCCUGAAAUACCCUAUUGAACAUGGUAUUGUUAGCAAUUGGGAUGAUAUGGAGAAGAUAUGGCAUCACACAUUCUAUAAUGAGCUUCGUGUUGCCCCUGAGGAGCACCCUGUCCUCCUGACUGAAGCACCACUUAAUCCAAAGGCUAAUCGUGAGAAGAUGACCCAGAUCAUGUUUGAAACUUUCAACACCCCAGCUAUGUAUGUAGCUAUUCAAGCCGUUCUUUCCCUGUAUGCUAGUGGACGUACAACUGGUAUUGUUUUGGACUCCGGUGAUGGUGUUAGUCACACUGUCCCCAUCUAUGAAGGGUAUGCCCUCCCACAUGCUAUCCUUCGUCUUGAUUUGGCUGGUCGUGACCUCACUGAUCAUUUGAUGAAGAUCCUCACGGAGCGUGGCUACUCUUUCACCACCUCAGCUGAACGGGAAAUUGUGAGGGACAUGAAAGAGAAACUUGCUUACAUAGCUCUUGACUAUGAGCAGGAGCUAGAGACCUCAAAGACUAGCUCUGCUAUAGAGAAGAGUUAUGAACUUCCUGAUGGGCAAGUAAUCACCAUUGGCGCUGAGCGUUUCCGAUGCCCAGAGGUCCUCUUCCAGCCUUCAAUCAUCGGAAUGGAAGCAGCAGGAAUCCACGAGACAACAUACAACUCUAUCAUGAAGUGUGAUGUAGAUAUCCGAAAAGACUUGUAUGGAAACAUAGUACUCAGUGGCGGGACUACCAUGUUCCCCGGUAUUGCGGAUAGAAUGAGCAAGGAAAUAACAGCGUUGGCUCCAAGCAGCAUGAAGAUUAAGGUCGUAGCACCACCUGAAAGGAAAUACAGUGUCUGGAUUGGAGGCUCCAUAUUGGCUUCCCUCAGCACAUUCCAACAGAUGUGGAUUGCCAAGGCAGAGUAUGAUGAGUCCGGCCCUUCAAUCGUGCACAGGAAGUGCUUCUAAUUUUCCAAGAUCCAAGAUGCUCGUGGCAUACAAGUAUUCUCUCCUACUUUGUCAUAAACAAAA